CAUGUGAAUUGAUCAACUAAAAUAGUUAAAUAUUAACAAGGCACAGUUUAUAAACCUUUAUCGACUGAAACAGAAUCGUGUCUUGUUUAUUUUCUCUAUCCAGAAAGGUUCUCGCAGAAAAGACCAUGUCCUCCAUCAAGGUGCAGUGUGUUGUGAAGGAGAAGAACAGGAUUGGGGAGAGCCCGGUUUGGGAGGAGAAGGAAGGCACCCUUCUGUACGUUGAUGUCUCGGGACAGAAGGUGUGCCGAUGGAAUCCAGACACCAAUCACAUACAGAGCAUUCAGACUGACGCCUAUGUUGGCUCGGUGGUCCCUCGCAGGUCCGGGGGUUAUGUCAUUGGUGUUGGGACCAGGUUUGCUGCCGUGGAUUGGGAGACACAAACCAUCAAAACCAUCGCCCACGUGGACAAGGACAAAUCCAACAACAGGUUCAAUGACGGGAAGGUGGACCCGGCUGGCAGGUUUUUUGCAGGGACCAUGGGUAUGGAGGUGCGCCCAGCCGAGUUGGAGAGAGGCCAGGGCUCGCUGUAUACCCUGAACACAGACCACUCUGUCAGGAAGCACUUCGACCAGGUGGACAUCUCCAAUGGGCUGGACUGGUCCCUGGACCACAACACCUUCUACUACAUAGACAGCUUGUCUUUCAGCGUGGAUGCCUUUGACUACGACCUGCAGACAGGGAGUCUCUCUAACCGGAGAGUCCUGUACAAACUGGAGAAGGAUGAAGGGAUCCCUGAUGGCAUGUGCAUUGACACUGAGGGGAGACUGUGGGUUGCCUGCUACAAUGGAGGAAGAGUCCUGCGUAUAGACCCAGCCACAGGCAAGCGAAUUGAAACGGUGAAGCUGCCUGUUGAUAAGACCACCUCGCUGUGCUUCGGAGGGAAGGAUUACUCUGAGCUGUACGUGACCUCAGCCUGCGAGGGGAUGGAUGAUGCGUGGAUGGCCAGGCAGCCUGAAGCAGGAGGCAUUUUCAAGAUAUCUGGACUGGGUGUUAAAGGAAUGCCUCCAUACUCAUUUGCUGGUUAAAUGCAGAUGGUUUUAGUUUUGCAUUGACACCUGUGUGUGCUUUACAUGUGUGUGCUUUACAUGUGUGUGCUUUACAUUCUGUAAUCUAGAGUACACUGUAAACAAAAAAAAAAAACAAAAACGUAAUUGUUUCAUUUUGUAUUGAACUCAAAUAAAUAAAAAGCUAAUGUACUUUUACAGCUAAGCUAUAUUUAUGAAUGUUAUCUGGGAGUCCUUCCAUUAUAAUAGGAUGAUAAUAAUAACUUUAAUUUAAAUAUAGCGCCUUUCACACCGAAGUGUCCCAAGGUGUGCUGCACAAUCAAAAUGUCCAGGAUACAAAUGAAUAACCAUUAAAAACUUAAAUACAAA